GUGAUUAUACGUGAUGACGUCGUCCAAGGAUUCGCUGUCGAUGUUCGAAGAAUCGAACCAGCAACGGGAGUAAAGCAUGAGAAAAAUAGAGAUGUCCUGUGUAUGAAGUUAGUUAGCUAAUGUUAACUUAGAUUAUCGUUGAAGGAAGAAGUUAAAGCAGUGAAUUGCUGAAGGAAGCAUUUCUUUCUGUUAGAUAUCCGCCGAAAUUACAUAGCUAGCUAGUCCUCCUGGACUAACCCGUCACAUUCUGUGAGAGCAGGAACAAAGUGCCAGCCAGGAUGGAUCCAGCUCUACUGAGGGAGAGGGAACUGUUCAAGAAAAGAGCUCUAUCCAAUCCAGCUGUAGAGAAGAGACAGGCUACCUCUGACUCUGGCUCACACAAGAAGAAGAAGCCUAAAGUUGACAAAGAGAGCUCCUCUGGUUCCAAACACAAUGCUGAGUCUAGUAAUGGCAACUUUAACAUCAAGACAAGCUCUGGGUACAAGUUUGGCUGCCUAGCCAAGAUAGUCAAUUACAUGAAGACAAGGCAUCAGAAUGGUGAUACACACUGCCUGACCCUAGAGGAGAUCCUGGAUGAGACCAAACUUCUUGACAUCAGCAUGAAACAGAAGCAAUGGCUCAUGACUGAGGCCUUGGUCAACAACCCCAAAAUUGACGUUCGGGAUGGGACGUACGGCUUCAAGCCCAAGUACAACCUGAAGGACAAGAAGGCCUUACUGAGGCUGCUGGACAAACACGACCAGCUGGGCCUGGGAGGAGUGCUGCUGGAUGACGUGGAGGAGGGGCUGCCCAACUCGGCCAAGGCCAUUAAGGCUUUGGGGGAUCAGAUCAUCUUUGUGACAAGACCAGAUAAGAAAAAGAUCCUAUUCUACAAUGACAAGCACUGCCAGUUUGUGGUAGACGAAGAAUUCCAGAAAUUGUGGAGGAGCGUUCCCGUUGAUUCCAUAGAUGAAGAGAAGAUUGAUGAGUACCUGAAGAAACAGGGCAUCUCCUCCAUGCAAGAAACAGGACCAAAGAAAGUGUUACCCGUUCAAAAGAGGAAGAAGCAAGGUGGUCAGAGGAAAAGACACUUCAAGACCCACAACCAUCAUUUGGCAGGCGUACUGGAGGACUAUUCAGACGGUGUUCCUGUUAAAAAGUGAGAUCCGUUCCCUCGCUGCUUCAUGCCCUCAAAGGAGUGAUGAAGAAUCUGUAAAUCCGACGUGGCUCGGGAUGGAGACCCUGGCCAUGCUGCAAUGCAAAGACUUUCAAUUUUCAAAACUAGCUUCUUUUUCUGCACUCUUUUGUGAUUAUUGGUCUUGUAUUACAUAGAGUGAAUAGCAACUGUGUUGUGGAAUCCUUUUUAGUUUGUUUAUUGAUCAAUGAUAACCGGAGGACACUGGAGGAAAAAGGUGGUGCUGCAACCUUACUGUUAAAAUGUGAAUGAGGUUGAAGUGUGUAAAUACUUUUUUUUUUUUUUUUUUUUUAAAUCUUUUUUUAGUAUAUUGUAAAGAGGUGUGUGUGCAAGCUUUUAUUUUAAAGGGCAGCAGUCCUCAUCUGAUGGCAACGUUCCAUCCUUCUAAUAUGGAUAGCAGAAGACAUGGAGGUCUCUCAUCCAUCAUGAAAACAUCUCGGACAUCACUUCACCUGGAAUUUAGAAGUAUUGAAAUUCUUUCACUUUGCAGCACCAGGCAUAGCGGUUUAAAAUACUCAAACUUUUUGAACUUAUUUUAAUAAACUACACUGUUAUAGGAUA